AUGCGUACACGAGCCCAAAAGCGCGAAUCUAUGCCCGAAUUAGCGCAGCAAUUAAAACGUCGUCUGCGUGCGCUGGAGGUGGCUACAGUCAAUAUCUCUACAUCGCAUAGUCCACCUGCGUUGAAGAAACGGAAGCUUGACGAUGUUUCGACGUCCCCUCUGCUGCUAACUCCACACGUCCCUAAGUCUAAAAUUCCCUCGCUUAGUGCUGUGAAGACCUCACGCGGACCCAACAAACUUAAAAAAGGCGAUAAUAAGCAACGAAAGUUAUGCAGGACGCUUGAGUAUACAAAACCCGCUAAAUUGGACCCUGUUGAUGCUCCUCAGACGAUCUUACAACGACUUUGUUCACAACAAAUGGCAUGUGGUGCCAAUGCGAUCGUUGGACGGCUGAAAGAGCAUCAAAGUAUUCGGAAUGUGCUGAGAAAUAAUGCAAAGCAUGGGUCCAGUCUUUUCAUUAUUGGACCUCCGGGAACUGGCAAGAGCUCAUCAGUAAAUGAACUACUGAUUAAGGAAGGUUUCGAAUCUGUGGCACCUUGCUCGAUAAAAGAGCGAAAUUUUGUUGAAACAAGCAAUAAAAUUGCAGUGAAGCUCAACUGUAGCACGUAUACAGAUCCUGCAGCUCUGUACGCUGUAAUUGAGCAACUGGUGAAGUCAUCAACAAGGUGGAUUGUGCCUGGUCAACUGGAUCCGUUUACGAUGGACAAUUUUAUCAAAGCACUUAAUUGUGAUAUUAAUGGACCAAGAGACUCAAUUGCAAUUGUGCUAGACGAAGUAGAUCAUCUAUUGCGUCUACCUGUACGUAUGCAGCCGAAAGUGAAAGAAUUGCUUCGUUUUUUCGUUCGCUGGGCUGCUAUCGCGCCUCAUCUUGUUAAAUUCUUGUGUAUCAUGAAUGGUGUCGACAUGUAUGAGCAUGUAUCUCGUAUACACGUGACAGGUUCGAAUGCUGACUCACAAGUGCCUCGCGUCGUUUUUAGCUCGUAUACACAUGAGGAAUUGAAGGUGAUUCUGCUUAAUUACGUUCAAAGUACUUUGUCGACUAGCGCGAAAACUACAGAAGUGACAACGUAUAUUGAGACACGUGCGAUGGAGCUCAUUGCGAGGAAAGUAGCAGCUCGCGAGGGUGAUGCUCGACUAGCCAUCAGCUUGCUUCAGCAGUCCGCUCGUUAUGCGCUUCAGCGCUAUAAUAGUCAAAAGAAGGAAUCACCAAUUGACACCCAAGUGAAAAUUAUGAUUCGGGACGUUUUUCAGUGUGCAACAACAAUGUUAUCAUCUCCAAGUAUUAGCCAAAUCAAGCGGCUGCCUCGACAAGCCAAAUUGCUUCUUUAUGUGAUCACAACACUUGCUCCCUGUCGCGACACAAGCAAUAAGAAGAAAUCUUUUCGGAAGUGUGAUAUGAAUCACGUAAGUGAAGAACUCGAACGUUUGCGUAAACAGCCACAAACAUCGUGGAUUCCACGCUUGUCGCGCGACGAAUUGCAGACGCAUCUCACGUCGCUCAGCUGCUACGCACUGGUAAGGCAACUAAGCAGCAAACAUGGCGAUCAAGCUACUUCCAUUUCAACUCGAACAUUUUGGACAUCAAAGGUUUUCUCUUGUGUCUCAAUGUCAGAAGUAUCCUGUGCAUUACAAGAUGAUACAUCGCUAUCCCAAUUAUUAUUAUAA